GCGUCGCCAUCUUUUUUCCCCCUCCGUCCGUCUGUCUGCCGUUGGCUUUGUCCGUCUGCGGAGCAGCUCCUCGGCUCCCCGCCGUCGGCUCAGUUCCCGGAGCCCGUCCUCCCGUCCUCCGGGGCCCAGUCCCGGAGAGUCCCCGGCCCGGCCGAUCGGAGCUGCAGCCCGGGGGGCUCAUUGUCCGGCGGUCCGUCUGUCCGGAGGCGGGGCCCAGGCGAGCGCAGCGACGCGCCGAGGCGCCGGGUUAAUACUUUGCAAAGUUAUAGUAACAAAUCCAGUCGUGAAGCUGGGAAAGGCCAGAAUUCUCAGAUCAGAGAAACAUGUCCCGUCGGAAACAGACGAAUCCAAAUAAAGUUCACUGGGAUCAAGUAUUUGCUGGGUUAGAAGAGCAAGCCCGCCAGGCGAUGAUGAAAACUGAUUUUCCUGGAGACCUUGGCAGUCAGCGACAAGCUAUCCAACAACUAAGAGAUCAGGACUCCAGUAGCAGUGACAGUGAGGGUGAUGAAGAGGAGACCACACAAGAUGAAGUCUCUUCCCACACAUCAGAGGAAGAUGGAGGGGUGGUCAAAGUCGAAAAAGAGUUAGAGAAUGCAGAGCAACCUGUUGGUGGGAACAAACUGGUAGACCAUGAGGUCACUGAGAGUUUGAAUUCUGACCCCUUGCUUGAGCUCUGCCGGUGUCCCCUCUGCCAGCUGGACUGUGGGAGUCGGGAGCAGCUGAUCGCUCACGUGUACCAGCACACUGCAGCAGUGGUGAGUGCCAAGAGCUACAUGUGUCCUGUCUGUGGCCGGGCCCUCAGCUCCCCAGGGUCACUGGGUCGCCACCUCCUAAUCCACUCAGAGGACCAGCGGUCUAACUGUGCUGUGUGUGGAGCCCGUUUCACCAGCCAUGCCACCUUUAACAGUGAGAAACUUCCUGAAGUACUUAACAUGGAAUCCCUACCCCCAGCCCAUAAUGAGGGACCCUCCAGCACUGAGGGAAAAGACAUUGCCUUUAGUCCUGCAGUGUACCCUGCUGGAAUUCUGCUUGUGUGCAACAAUUGUGCUGCCUACCGUAAGCUACUGGAAGCUCAGACCCCCAGUGUACGCAAGUGGGCCUUACGUCGACAGAAUGAGCCUUUGGAAGUGCGGCUACAGCGGUUAGAACGGGAACGCACGGCCAAGAAGAGCCGUCGGGACAAUGAAACCCCAGAGGAGCGGGAGGUGAGGCGCAUGAGGGACCGGGAAGCCAAGCGCCUACAGCGUAUGCAAGAGACAGAUGAGCAGCGGGCACGCCGGCUACAGCGCGAUCGGGAGGCCAUGCGGCUCAAGCGGGCAAACGAAACCCCAGAGAAGCGACAGGCCCGGCUCAUCCGAGAGCGAGAGGCCAAGCGACUCAAGAGGAGGCUGGAGAAAAUGGACAUGAUGUUGCGAGCUCAGUUUGGCCAGGACCCUUCAGCCAUGGCAGCCUUAGCAGCUGAAAUGAACUUCUUCCAGUUACCUGUCAGUGGGGUGGAACUGGACAGCCAGCUUCUGGGUAAGAUGGCCUUUGAAGAGCAGAACAGCAGCUCUCUGCACUGAACCCUCCUGCCCACCCUCCCCCCAUGCAUUGCACCUACCCCAGUCACAGGAGUUAGUGCUGCAGCCAUCCCAAGGUCAUCCUUGCUGCCAGGGGCAGGCCCAAGCUGGCUGCAGGUGGACCUGUGUACCCCUUGCAUGUGGGUCAGGAGGCACCCAGCCCAAGGCAGCUCUGGACAAGGGAGCAGGCGCUCCCAGAGGACAGGACUUGAUAGCCCACUGCUGUAGGCUGGGCUUUGGGACUGUGGGGCCCCAGAUAUGGCCCACGAAGUUGUGAGGACAAAUAAAUUAAAUUUUUAUCUUUA